AUGGAGCCUAAGGAGAUCUACGACCAAGUUAAUAAGCGGUACGGCUCAAUCGCCAAGAGCAGCACCGGCCAGUAUGAGCAGACAGUCGCGAAAGCCUUUGGAUACACAGAAGAAGAGCUCGCUGGCGUUCCUGAGGGUGCGAAUCUGGGAUUGAGCUGCGGCAACCCAAUUGCACUUGCAAGGCUGAGAGAGGCCGAAACCGUCAUUGAUCUUGGGUCUGGCGCUGGCUUCGAUGUGUUUACGGCUGCAAAGAGAGUUGGCCCUAAAGGCAAGGCCGUCGGAGUUGACAUGAACAAGAAUAUGAUCGACAAGGCGAAUGCCAACAAAGCUCACACCAACGCCUUAAACGUCCAGUUUAUCGAGAGCGUCAUCACGUCCAUCGCGCUACCCGACAACACUGCUGACUGCAUCAUUAGCAAUUGCGUCAUCAACCUUAUCCCCGCAGAGGACAAACAGCUUGCAUUUAAUGAGAUGUUCCGACUACUCAAGCCCGGCGGACGAGUUGCCAUCAGUGACAUACUCGCGCGCAAAGAGUUUACCGAGGAUAUUAAGAAGAACAUUGCUCUAUAUGUUGGGUGCGUUGCGGGAGCUAGCCAGGUCAGCGAGUAUGAUGCGUUUCUCAAGAAUGCAGGCUUUAACGAUGUUCUCAUCGUGGACAGCAAGAAUGACUUGAAUGUGUACUUUACCGCCACCGAGACCAAACCAUCGUGUUGUGGAUCAGACGCCGUUAAAGAAGGAAAGGAGGUAUCGCCUUGUUGCAGUGUAGAGGCGAGAGAGAGUUGCUGCAAGCCGGAGAAAAAGCAGUCAUGCUGCAGAACUAACUCGUCGGCGUGUACUUGCCAGAACCAGACGAGUUCAAUGGCCAGUGAAGCCAAGACACUCGCUACUCAAUUGGGGAUCACAGACUUGAACGAAUGGGCAGGCUCCUUCCAGGUGUAUGCUGUCAAGCCCGCGGCGAACUGA